AUGACCGCGAACAAUCCAUGUCUGACAUCAUGUGGACAAACUAGGUUUGACCUAGGAGCGAAUGUUGCAAAAUAUUUGCUCGAGUUGUACAAAGAUCCACUGGAAACUGUAGAUAUAUCGGGAAGACACCAAUCAUUCGUGGACGAGCCGGAGGUUUUCCGGUGUGACCCACAGAAGCUUCAUGUACAUUACCGCAAUGAUGCAUUAGCUCAUUUACAACAAUUUGAUAUCAUUACCGAACGUAGGCCGAUUAAGGGGUUGAUUUUUCUGUUCAAAUGGACACAGGACCCGGAACCGCGCGAAACCGUUGCAGAAAUACCAGAGGAUCUUUUCUUUGCCCAUCAGAUUACAGAGAAUGCUUGUGCUACACAAGCCAUCCUUAGCAUAAUCCUGAAUUGUCCGGACAUUGAGCUCGGACCUACUUUGACCGACUUCAAAACAUUCACAAAGGAUUUCGAUUCUAAGCUGAAAGGCGAAGCUAUUGGUCACACAGAGAGCAUCCGUAAAGUCCACAACAGUUUCGCGAGACCUGAGCUUUACGACAUGAUGGACAAGUCCAAGCCAAGGUACGGCACCGAAGAUGCGUUCCAUUUCAUUAGCUAUAUCCCUUUUAACGGUCGCGUUUAUGAGUUGGAUGGUCUCAGAAAAGGCCCUAUAGACCUAGGAGCUGCCGCAGAAGAUUGGCUGGCUGUCGCCCGUAGUGCCAUACAAAAGCGGAUAGAGGCCCUACAUGGAGAGAUACGAUUUAAUUUGAUGGCUGUUGUGAAAGAUCGGCGUAAAAUUUUAAGCGAACAAUUGACCGAAUUACUGAAAACUGGAAUCAACGACGAUAGUUAUUUAGUCAGUGAACUAACGGCUAAACUGUAUAGUGAAGAAAAGAAGUUCGAAAGAUAUUCGAGGGAGAACUCUUAUAGGAAGCACAACUUUGUGCCGUUCUUUAUUAAUUCGCUGCGCCUCCUCGCACAACGCGGUGAGCUGGAGGGAUUAGUUGCUGCUGCAAAGGAUAAAGCCAACCGUAGAGCCAAAGAUAAUUUACAAUAA